GGGGACGCGGGACCAACCGGAGAUCUGCAGGUCCUAGUGGACGAGCCCGAGCCAGAUUCUCUCCCUGCACAGCUGUGACCGGCCCAGUCACACCAAUACAUCCGACAGCAAUCUUCCAAGGUUGACCUGAUUACCGAGAGGCCUUCCCUUCCUCCUCCUCCUCUCUCUCUCUCCUCUCCACAUCAUGCGUCUCCUCACCACCCUUCUCUUCUUCCUGCUCCUCCGGUCAGCGGAGCCCCGGAGAGGCCCUCGGUCAGGGGCUGCGGAGAGGGGCGCCAGGGGCCGUGUGCGAGGCAGAGGCAGGGCGGGGGUCAUGAGGCGUCAAACUCAGGAGUGUAAGGAAUACAUGGAGGCGGGAGAGAAGUACCUGGACUGUCAGGACAGGCAGCUGACCACCGUGAUGCAAGACUGGCCCAAAGACAUUCACCACCUGCUGCUGGCAAGAAAUAAGAUUCAGGUUUUGAGGGACAACAUGUUCUCUCAGUUCACCAAGCUGAAGAGCCUGGACCUCCAGCAGAACGACAUCUCCAUGGUGGAGGACGGAGCGUUCAGCGGCCUCUCCCAGCUCACCACCCUGCUCCUCCAGCACAACAGACUGAAAACAGCCUCUGAGGAAGUCCUGCUCCCUCUGCCCCGCCUUACCUACCUCCGUCUCUAUGACAACCCCUGGAGCUGCGGGUGCUCAUUGGACAGCCUGGUCAGGAAGCUGCAGAUACCCAGUAGCCGCAACCUGGGCAACUACGCCAAGUGUGCGGAGCCUCUUUUACUGACGGGCCAGAAGCUGAAGAAGCUGAACGUGGACUCGCUGUGUGUGGAUGACAACCAGGUGGACAUCAGGCCGGGGGGUGGAGGUGGGGGUCGACCACGUCCUCCACCAUUCCAAGUGAAGCCAGAGGCCACGUCUAUGUGUCACACCUACAUGUUCCCGAAACCUCUGCUGGACUGCAGCAGCAAAGAUUUGAAUCACAUCCCGUCUGACCUGCCGUCUGACAUAGUGAAGAUGGAUCUGUCCAGUAACAGUAUCAAACAUCUCAGGCCCAAACAGUUCCUGCUGUCCAAAGACCUCAAGCUGCUCAACCUUAGCGGCAACAGCCUGCACCGUGUAGACACAGCUGCAUUCGCAGGCCUGCUGUACCUCCGUGAGCUCGACCUGUCCAACAACAGCCUCCAUUACUUCCAGUAUGGUGUCCUGGAAGACCUCUACUUCCUACGGCAGCUCUCGCUGGGCAACAACCCGUGGAUCUGCGACUACAACAUCCACUACCUGAUCUACUGGCUUAAGCACCACCCCGGCGUCUUUUACAGUGGCCUGAUCUGCUCAGAGCCGCAGGAGUUCAGGGGCUGGCGUGUUGAGGAUUACGUCAAGACCUACAACGGGGAAUGUCCCAAGGAUAAACAAACGGGAGGGACGGAUAAAGGACAGGGAGGACAAGGAGGGUCGGACAAUGAGGCGCAGGAGGUGGGGGAGACGGAUGAGGACCAGGGUGAGCAUCUGCCUCGGCCCUUGAGAGAGAAGUUCAACAAGUUUGAGAUCAUCCGGCUGAGUUAGAGAGGAGGUGGAUCAGUGGACUGGUGUGGUUUAGUUUGGAGGGAAAUUUACGAAAUACGCCACAAGGCGGUCUGUGGACAGGCUAAAGAAUGGAUUACUAAAGGUAGACUCAGUGAUUCAAUGUUCAAAUAAAAAUGUGAUAAGAAGAAGUACAAAUUUGGGAUAAAAAAAAAUGUAUUUUGGGCUUAAUUUGAUUUGAUGUCUUUUUAAACGUUUCCCAUUUUGUGUGGAUGACAACAGAACAUUAGUCACAAUGUCAUAUUGCUAAGUUUACCUUUAAACAAAACGUUAAGGAAAUGCUGUUUGAGCUUUGUUUUAUCUUUUUUUUUUUU